AUGAGUGAAAAUAUUGAAGAUUCAUCAUCAAGUUGUGAUGAAACAUUAAUUGAUGAAGAAGAUCUAAAUAAAUUUACAUCAACAUUAGAUCAAUAUACACCUGCUAUACCUGAAACAGUAACAAAAUAUUAUAUGAGACAAUGUGGAUUACAAACAGAUGAUGAUCGAGUUGUUAAAUUACUUUCUGUUUCUGUACAAAAAUUUAUGACAGAUAUUAUUAAUGAUUGUUUUCAAUUACAUAAAAUACGUGAAAAAUCUACUAAUCGACCGGGAGUGACAACAUCGGCUGUUGCUGCUGCGAAUGCUCAACCUCCAACAACAGAAGCAACAACUACAACUACUGAUCAAUCGACAAAUGCAGCUAGUGGUAAAAAACCAAUAGCAUCAACAAAUCAAACAUUAACACUUAAUGAUUUAACACAUGUUCUUGGAGAAUAUGGAAUUAAUGUUAAAAAAACAUUUUAUUACACAUAA